AUCUGGGACUGCAGCCUCAGAGACACAUGCUGCAUUAGGCUGUUGCAUGCUCUCCAUCUCUUCUGCAAAGGAGACUGGAAUGCAGCUCACUGCUACUAAGAAGAAACUGAGAUGAAUGCUGACAGCAUGAACAUAAACGUCUUGUUUUCUCUGAAAACCAGCCUCACUAGAAGAAUGAAAAUGCUUUAAUUUAAGCAUUUCUCCAGAAGCCACUGAACUUCAAAGAUUUUGUAAAUGUUUAAAGCUGGGGAAGACAAGACAAUGUUGACACCCUUUGAUUUAAUGAAAAAUGGAUUUUACUUUGUCUCAUUCAAACAUCUUUUAGAAUUCCCACUUUCAACAAAAUUUCAAGCAAGGAAAAGACAAACCAAGUCCUACUGUGCUACCAUUGUAAUCCCAAAUGAACUAACUCAUUGCAGCCAAGGGAACAAUAAAAAGAAAAUAUAUUCUUUCUGUCAACAUAUCAACAGAUGGCUUGAUGGAAGCAGUAACUGUUAUGAAACGCUUUUGUGAAAUACAGGAAACCUCUAAAACAGCUACUGAAUAACUCAAAGUUCAGGAAAAGAAAUUCAAGCUCAAAACCAGUGAAGCAACUGAGGGUGGAGAGAACUCCUGCUCGUUUCUGCAACUAAGAUAAGGGAUGACCUCCAAGAAUGCUUCAGGUGAAGCUAAUAGUAACUGGAGAUGACUUUGGCUACUGUCCUCGGAGAAACCAAGGCAUCGUGGACUGCUUCCGGGCUGGUGCAGUAUCUAACGUGUCCCUUCUAGUCAACGGAAGUGCUGCAGCAGAUGCAGCCGAGCUGGCACGGAGACACAACAUCCCAAUAGGUCUCCAUGCCAACCUCUCCGAGGGCUCUCCUGUGUGUGAGGCGCUCAAAACAAACUCUUCGCUGCUCAACCAAGAUGGAUUCUUCCAUGGGAAAAUGGGAUUCAGAACAGCACUAUCAAAAGGUCUCCUGAAUAUGUCAGAGGUAAAGCAGGAGCUAAAGGCCCAAGUGGACCUGUUCCAUGAGCUGACAGGUCACCUACCUCCUCACAUGGAUGGGCACCAGCACGUCCAUGUCCUCCCAGAGGUCAGGCACAUAUUUGCAGAGGUGUUAGAGGAAUAUGGGAUUAAGUACACACGUGUCCCAAUAGAGCCAGGCCUCCAUAAAUGUGACUGGAUUUCACCAUCCCUGAUGGAGUUUUACCUGGGAGUGGAAGAGGAUUCUUUUAACACAGUGGAUGUGUUUACAAGUCAUGGAAUAAGGUGGCCAGACAUUUACAUAGGGUUGACUACCAUGGGCAAGAACAUGUCUGUCAGUAACAUCUGGAGCGCCAUCGACAGUGCCAUCGCAGAGUUCACAUCCAAGGCACCCUCACCCACCGAGCCAACACCACAGAGCAGGACCGUAACGAUCGAACUGAUGGUGCAUCCCGGGUACCCCAGUGUCCCACCCGUCGGCGGCUGCGGGGAAGGACCGGAUGACUUCUCGCAGUCCUGGGAGCGCCUUCAUGAACUCCAGACGUUAAUCAAUCCAGAGCUGCAGAGCCAUUACAAAACCAGGAACAUUCAGCUUUGUUCCUUCAAAGAUCUUUAGGCAAGCGACCAUACACACCUUUGUUCAGGCUUGCAAGACAGUUACCAGUGCAGUACCUCCUGGUGCAGCUGACAGGGGAAUGAACAGCCUGGGGACAGCAGCAGUGUUCAUGGAAGAACACCACCGUCAGCAGCUACAGGUAGCACCCCGGUGCCCCGACCAGGAGAUUUUAGGUCACAGCCCCCGCUCUGAAGGUGACAGACCUCCCCUGCACCCCAUAGCCCUGCACCCUUCCAGCACAGUGUGGCAGCCAAGGCCCAGCCCUCCUCCCAGGGCCCAGUUCCUAUGAC